UGCACGAUGGGAAAGCGGGAUGUUCAAAUCCUCUUCCUGCUUUUUUUUUUUUUUUGGCUCGGUGUGUUUUUGUUCAUCAUGGAGGGGAGAGGCAGUGCCGUCAACACUCCCGCCAGCAGACCUGUUACUCGUAGGAGCAAAAGUUAUGGUCGGAGCUGUGUGGAAGCACCCUCAUAUUUCUGGCAAACACCAGGACAUUUAACAGUCUUGAAGAUCCCAACCAGUAGAGAGGCUGCCAAAUCACAACUCAUCACUAAUAAGGUUGACCCUGAGCAUAUCGCUCUUCUGGUGAAAAAUGAGUGGAAGCUUUCUUACGUCACCCCUUUGCAUCACUUCAGACAUACACAGCUGAAAUCAUAUUCCAAACAUCUCGCAGCCUUCAUCGUAGCAGAGAAACAACGUGGAGUUGCAGUUGAAGUUGGGUUAGAAGUGGGAUUUAAGGUCACAUUUACUGCAGUUCUUGGACUGGCUGAAACUGAUGAGGAUGCCGAGACUGUUUUUAUUCAGAUCCAGUCCAAACCGGUAUUUGCUGCAGCUGCAGAUGCACCGAAAGUUGUCUGGCGCGGUUGGCUCACGUGCGUCAAUGGUGAUCCAGAAUACCUGAGGUCGCUGCCUCCUGAUUUUGUCAGCUUACCUCUGUUUUGCACAAGCGGACCGGAGUCUCUUACAACCCUGGUUAAAUCCUGGUUCGAGAGGGCUUUUGAUUGCAACUUUGGUUCUUUGGCUUUAAACUCCACCACUCUCAACUGGCUGGCUGCUCUGUGGACUGGUUGCCAUCCCACCUGCAACAUCAGGUAUCUGAAACUGGCCUGGAGCCUUCCGACACAGCCACCGCUGGAUGUCUCAUAUACAGUUAACCCACAGGAUGCGUGGGAGCUCUGGAACAGCAUUCACCCAGAGGAGAAUGCUGUUCCAGACGACAAGAUUGAUAUUAAAGAGGUCCAGUCUUUCAUCAACGGGCUGGAGACUCAUUUUUUUAGACACUUUAAGAUCUACCUGUCUGCUGGUACACUAGUAAAAGUAUCUACCGCUCUGGGAUCAGCACAUCUUGAUGGGAAAAUCAAGAUUGGAAACAGUGACUACAUCACCACCUUACUUACCCUGCUGACAGAGUCUGCUCUUUUGAGAAUGCCAACCUAAAAUCUGCUUUCUACCUUAGAUUUGUAAAUACAUUUUUGGUUGUUUUUUUUUUUUUUUUGCUUUCUAUGCCAUUUAAACUUUUAUAUCUUUUAAAGCUUAUUGUCUCGUAUUUAUUUUUUGUGCUGUAAAAUAUGUCUAUGUUUGUUUUCCAGCUUUUGAAAUUUAACUUUUUAUUCUGCCUGUUUUCUUUUUUUUAACUUGCUAGUGUUUUAUCAAGACAAAUAACAUGUCAGUCUUAGGCCUAUAUUAAUGUGAUACAACUCAUUUGUCACAAAUAAACCUGAUUAUUAACUAUGUGUAAAUUUAUCACUACUAUAUGUAUAGGUUCUUAUAAAUAGUUCACACAAAUAGGCAAUAUGUCUAUUAGUAUAUUGUAACAUAUGUUUAUAUUUUAUACAAACAUUUUGAACCUUUUAAAGUGUGUAAAUCAUAUAUUUGUUAUCUUCACAUAAUGAAUAGUGGCUUAAUUUUGGUGUGUUUUGACUCAGGGCCUCUGAAAUGAUUUGAUUACGUUUUGCUAGUAGUGCCAACAAUGUCAGAAUCCAACAAUCUAAAUGUAUAACACUUUACAAAGCCUGUAGGUAGCAGAAGUUUGUGUUCUAAUGGUAGUUCUGAAAUUAGUUUGGAUUUGAUUGGUUUCUUAUUUGUAAUUGAUUUAAAUGGACUGUUUGUGUUGUUGCAUAUUACUUUGAUUAGUUCUUUGAUUUGCACUCUAAACACCCUUCAUUUAAGCAUUUACAUCAGAAAAGGACCUAAGAUGUGCAUAACAAAAUGUAUUUGAAUUGAGUUACCUUUUGUCUCUAAAUAAAGCACAAAUCUAAGUUGAA